AUGAAGAGAUACGAGUUCUUGGCACCCCGGGAACAACCGCUGUUGUAUACCUGCCUGGAUACGAAGAAGCAAUCUACCCCCACCACACGAGCCACACUCAGCGAGAUGUCGUCCAUGAAAGGUCGUGCCGAAGACGAGGGUGAUGACGACCCCGAGCUCGACGUUGCCGAAGAAGAGGGCGAUAUCUACGCAAUACAGCGGAUCCUCGCCGAGCGGACGAACGCCGGCACUGUUGAGUAUUUAGUCUUGUGGAGUGAAUACGCAGAUUAUGAAAGCACAUGGGAGGUUGCAUCUCAGUUCCAAGAUGAUGAAACCAUCGUUCAGUGGAAAAGGCAGCUGGCCGCUGGCGACACUUUGGACGAUCAACAACUCGCUGAUCUUGAGCGGCGGAUGCGAGAACACGAAGAGAGGCAGAUUGAAGAGGCGGAGAAGAUUUACCAAGAUCUCGAUGAUUCUUCGCAAGCAGAGAUGGCCAGUAGCUCGACGAGCGCACAGGCCGACCAGCCGCCUUCCAAGAAGCGUCGGAUUGACAGCCCAGCCCAACUAAACAACGGCCCAUUUCCACUUCUCAAGAAUCGAGCAUCCGGUCGCACCCAACCAGGAAGAGCAGAAUCGGCCAUGAAGACAACUACCAAGCCACCUCCUCCGAGACCGAUCAACGCAGAGCCUACCAGACAGCCUUCCGUCGGCUCUAAGUUUCGCAACCUCAGACAUAUGGGUAACGCAAGGAAGAAAGCGGCAGAAGAGCCUCAAGUGAAUCCAGACGAUCCGAAUUUGAAAUUCAUUUCUACUGACAAGCAAAUGUCGCUGCCACCUAUCGAUCCACCUUCGCCUGAUGGCUCUUUACUCUUCUUUCCCGAAUCCACAGCACGAGCCGAGGACAACUCAGUACCGUCGGUCAUGACAAAGAAGUUUCUAAUUACUCCAAAGCCUACGGGGUUCCCUGGAAGUCCUGCUGCAGUGACGGAUAAGCCCACAUCCGCUCCUGCUACAUCGCUUCCGAAGCCGGCUGACACCACAUCGGUGCCUGUUAUAUCGCCUCCGAAACAGGCUAAAGGGUCCGAUGGCCAGAGUCCUGCAUCCGGAGGUUCGGUGCAUUUUGGCACACAACCUCAACACACUGCAAGGAAUGGACGAGUUUGGGCUAAGAACGAGCUGGUUGUUCACAUCACAGUUGGCCCAGGUGUCAUAGGCGAUGUCAAAAUUGUCAAUCUAGCCGAACCUGCGCGUGCAGUGCUGCUCAAUUAUAAGAAGGCCAUGAACAAAUACGAGAUCAAUCUCAAUUUCGCUCAAGAUCAUGUCAUGCAGCCUACACAGCUACGGGAGAUAUCUAAGUAUUGGAGAGAUCUUGGACUUGGUGGUGCCCCGAUCAAACCAUUUGACGAUACAGCGGAAGGUUGCAAAGGCUUCUCUGAGCACUUACAGAGAUACGACUCAACCGCUGCCUGGUAUCAUCCUGAUUCAUCACUCAUACUCCUUCUGUUUUCGCCCAACUCUCCCCCGUGGAGUCAUACAGAGCGUUACAAGAAUAUGCAGGCCCGUCCUGAUCUUGUCAUGGAAGUUCGUGAAAGCAUUCAAGGAAUGAGUGUGACCGCGAUGGCCACCUUAGCUCCGCCACCGAAUCGACGCACAGUGGUGUGCUGGUACUGGGGGGCUGGGAAAGCAUGUUGGUACGGUGACGAAUGCAAAUUUUUGCAUCCAGCUGGGCCUGCAGCAUCACUACCUGCUCUGAUUGAGGCCAAAAUGCAAUCGAAAUCAGGGUUGGAAGAAGCAGCACCAGCAGCUUCAUGCCACCCCGUGCGCCCAGCUCCUGUGCGUCGUCAAAGCAUUGCAGGAGUCGAGAGUGCGCAAAGUCCCAAGGCUACGAUCGAUCAAACGGCUGAUCCCAGAAUCGACAACGAGCGCCGCAAAAGUGUACAUGGAAUUGCCGAUUCGAAAUUGCUUGCGAAUCUUGAUGACAAAGCGACCGACAUGGACUGGUCCUUUGAUACCGACUAUCGCGCUCUCGUCAAAUUGAUCAAGAAUUCUGCGGUCAUUGAAAGUCGGAUGCCUUUCGUAUUUGUCGCUUUUACCAACACCCAUGACAUUCAAGCUCAAGCUCUCAAAGCAUGGGCGAUAAAACAGACGAGUCCGCGAUGCGUCUUCGGCGAAAACGACUUGAAAGAGUUCCACCGCUUUGCGACAACCACAGAUCCGAGUCUGUUCUUUUUCUACGAGGGUGAUCCGAGUUACACGUGCCUCGAGUCGUUCCACAAAUUCUUGCACCGUGAAGAAGUUGUGUGUCAUACUGUAUCUUGGGAGACUAGUCCGGCGACCCAUACAGUGAGAUACAAGCUGAAACCACUUUUCCCGCAAGGACAGCUGGUUCUCAUCACAGAAGAUGUCUUUCUCUCGAAACCAAUCAACGCUUUAUCCCUCCUCAAAUGGUACGAGACACACUACAAAGGCCGAGGAUCAUCUUACAAGUUGAUGGUCCGUCCAAAUAUUCGGAGCUUCCUGGAGACACGUGCGUUGGCGUUGGCGGAGAUGGAUGACCAGGAUGAGCUGAAAGCAGUACUGGAUCUCUUGGUACUAGUCAACGAGCUUUCGUCACCGACAGACGUGACUAUACCUGGUUCUACAAAACUGCUGACCGAACCCCUCGGGACGGAUGACGUGGUGAAGCAAUCGAGCUUUGUCCCAUUUCCUCGUCUGCCCGGAUACGACCAUACCCCAACGGCCAGUCUCGAGCAAGGAGAAGUGAUGAAGCGAGAUCAAUUCCUCAUCGAAUACUUUAUCGAGUACUCCAUAGCGGAAUCGAGCAGGUUCAAGAGAUUCUUGGUCGUACGUGGUGAGAAAGGGCCGCCAGUGGCUGACAGCCAGCAUAUCGCAUUCAGAACGGCUGCGACGUUUGUCAGAGAGCUCGAAAAACCAAAGAUGAAGUAG